CAUCAUGACUGUUAAAAAAAUAUGCAAGGCAUGCAAGGUAACCGACCUUGACUGCCUAUUGUCCUCGGGUUGUAUAGCUUAGUAUAACUUAUAAUACGCACGUCAGCCUCACGUGUGAGUAACUUAUAUACAUGUCACUACCAAAUUUAGCUUUGGAAAUUUCCAGAAAAUCUUUCACAAUUCAGUGACAUAAUUUCUGUGUCAUUUCAACAUAAUGUCGAUAGGUACGGACGUCACCGCUCAACCUGCAGUCACCAGCCAAAAGAGCCUAGUGUUUACAACUAAAGUGACUCCCUGCUGGAUAUUCAACAGCUAUGCAGCAUCCAGAAACCAACCCUUCUGGCAAUUCAUCAGCACCGCUUGAGUGGGACAGGUGCCUGUGUGAGAUUGAGGAUUCAUGGCGGGAUCAGGCAACACAGGAGGUGCAACACAAAUUAGAGAGAGCUUUUUGUUCAGUGGAACCUCGUCAGCGUCAUGCCUUUGUCCUUCACCUGUUGGACAAGAGCCAAGAUUUGCGUAGCAUGAAGGCAUCAACUUUGAAAGAGUUUUUGCAGUGGGUCCAGAAAAACAGCCAUGUGCUACCCGAAGACCCGUCUGCUAUUAUCACCGAUGACAUGAAGUUGCACGCCUUGCAGCUGGCAACAAGUGCGCCCAUCAACCUGUUUGACAUGAUAUGUGAGAUGUAUCAUCUCAAGUGCAAGGGCAAUGAGUACUUGGCCAUACACCUUAGAAUACUCCUAGCGAGGAAACAGUUCAAAGAGGCUGGGGUCGCGGCCUAUAAGCUUCAACUUCAACACCGCUUCAAAAUUGAGGAGAUAUGCCUGCCGCUAGUUUUUCAAGACAAAGUGAAUCUCGUCGAGAAGUACAUCCAGGACAGCAAGGAAGCACAGGAGGAGCUGAUACAAAGACUGGACUCCUUCUGUACCAGGGAUUCCGAUCUUCAAGACAUCAUCGAUAAAAUGAAAGCCCCUGGUGUGAACAGGGAGAAGUUACGACCCAAGUACCUCAACAAACUGAUUUUGCGACUGACAAAGCUGUUCAAGCUAGACCCAGCGAUCUGUCCCAAUACUAACUACCACAAGGAUCUGAGUGCAGUCCGGUACCUGAUGUACAGGAAGUACAUUGAGCAAUCCUUAGACGGUGAGAACUGGGACGAGCUGAUAAAGAACACGAUCCGAGACAACGAGGCCUUGCAGGAGGAGUUUAUCAACUUGCUCAUAGGGUACAAAGACCCUCUAGCUGCCGCCAAGUGGGUGCUGCAUUAUGGAAUUGAUCGGAGCAAACUCCCUGCGUAUGUGGCUAGAGCAAUUGAGACUUGCCCUCCUCCCUCUGAUGAACCAGAUAACCGGGACGAUGAUGCUGCAACACCCAAGGUGCUGUUCCAUCAACUGAGCAUACCCCUAGAGCGCAUUGUCAUGGUCGACAAUAUUGAAAAACUUGAAGUGUGUGAGAGGCAUAUAUUUCAGGAUGAUCAGCGAGUUGGCAUAGACAUGGAAUGGACACCGUCUUUCACUGCCACCCAAAUCAUAAGGGUUGCUCUUGUUCAGCUGGCGACCGUUGACUGGGUUUACCUUCUUGAUAUGAUAACGCUGAUGGCCACUGCAGCUGACCGAAUCACGUCUUUCUUCCUUCGAUUUCUUUCAAGCUCUCAGGUGCUCAAACUUGGUUUUGGCAUAAGCGGUGAUUUCAAGACGCUAACCAAACCGUACCCUGGCCUGAAAGGACCAGUUGAAGCUAUCCAGAGAAUGGUGGAUCUAGAAACGCUUUCUAAGCAGAUUUUGGAAGCUGAGCCGGACUUCCUGAAAGGGGCAGAGACAUCAGAAACUGAUUCUAGUGGUCCCUCUGUGAAGGGUUUGAGCAAGUUAACACUAAUGUGCUUCGGCCGGGCUUUGGACAAGAAACAACAGCUGUCAAAUUGGGAGAAACGGCCUCUGAGACCAUCGCAAGCCCAGUACGCAGCACUGGAUGCAUACUGCCUGUUAGAGAUCUACACAUUCCUGAAGACCAAAGUCAGCGACGCAGGGCUGGAUAUCGACAUGGAACCGACGUAUUGCUCGAAGACACCCAAGCAACCCAAAUAAAAAACCAAGGAACGCAAGCCACCGAAGAAAAAAGCGACCUUACAUGGCUUCAAAGUGAAUCAAACAAAAAAAGAAUCAAAUGAAAUAAUAAAAGAAUGAUCAAGUUUAGUAAUCCAGUGGUGAUCAUUGCACCAUGGUAUUAGGUUGUGAAAUUUCAUCGGUCCUUCAAAUCAAAUCAAAUCACAUUUAUUUCCUCUUCAUGACAGAAAUGAAAAAGUAAUAUAAGUAGCCAUGUGGUGCAGUGGGGGAAGUAUCUUGUCAGUUUUUAUUUUCUGACAAUAUGACCCAAAUCUCCAAAGAGACCUGUCCUUUGGAAAGUAGUCCCAAGUGCAUACUGGAAUUUACCCACAGGUCCAGCAGGGAGAGGGUGUCAUUACUCUUUGCCUGUCUGCUAUUGUUUGAGCAGAUAGUAUAAUGUGGCUCAGUUAUAAACACUCUAGAUCUACCAGUUCAAAAGAAACCCCAGACCUACUUGUAUGGGUGAAAAUGUUACAGCAGCUGAAUUCUUUAUGCAACAAUUUAUGCCAUUAUAAAAGGGAACAUUUAUGUGCUAUCCAACUUUAUGCACAUAUACUUGCACUUGUGCCACUUUGAUGGCCAUGAUAAGACAUCCAAAAGAUAAAUUUAUUUUACAACAGUUUUCUUGUACAACAUUUCUUGUAGGACAGUGCAAUGUUUUUCUUAAUAUUUUUUUCAAUACAUUAUUUUAAUGAUAGUGCAGACACCCUACACAAAGUUUCUGUAACAGAACAUGACGCAUGUUGGAAAGUUUGUUUUGAUAGAAAGUUAAAAUGACAUACUCAGCAAGCCGUAGCCAAGACUUUCAAGAAAAUUUGUUUUCCAAAUUUUAAAAGCAAGGAUUCCUAUCGUAGGCUUUAACUUUAAAGCUUUGUCUUUGUUAGUGUAUAGUUUGUUUCAUUUCAAUUGUUCACUUUUUUUCCCAAUAAAAAAAUUACAAAC